AUGGCAGCAACAUCGACAAAAUCAACUGAUCAGUACAAUGAUAAAAGGUCCUAUGUUGCCAGAGACCUUAUCUGGAAAGAUCAUAUAUCAAAAAUUGAAACAGCACAAAGAUUUUAUGAUAAACGAUGGGGUUUUCUUAAUGAAGCUCAACUUCAAACUUCACCAUAUGAUCCCAAACGAUCAUCAGGCGGUUUCCUUUCAAGUGUUCCAUCUUCUUUAACAAUCAAUUGUACAUCACAUAAUGAAGAUGUGACAAUUACUCCAUCACCAAGACCAGUUCCAUUAACAUCAAAUAGAUUAAUUGGUUGGCGAACAGCAGAUAAAAAUUGUACUUUGGAAAAAUAUGGCAAAUAUGCUCGUGGACAAGAAUCAUUGCAUAAAAAAUUCAAAUGGCCUGUAGAAGGCUUUGAUUAA